AUGCAGGCGGACGGCAUAGCCCCAGACGCCAUGGCAGCGACAGCUCUCAUCGACUGCUGCGUGCGCUGCGGUGAGCUGGCACGUGCUGAGCGCACCUUCUUCAACCUCUUCAGCAAAGCCCCAGCCAGCACCACCAGCAGUCCCUCCAGCAGCAGCAGCGACAGCGAUGUUGGAAGAACAGCUAAUCUGGUGCCGGACGCGGUGGCAGUGGGCGUGCUGCUGCGAGCAUACGGGCGCAAGAGCCCACCGCAGUGGGCCAAGAUUCAGCAGCUGCUGACGCGCAUGGAGCUCGACUUUGGCCUGCAGCCGUCCACUGCGAUUUUCAAUGAGCUUAUGGAUAUCUGUGCGAGGGACAAUGCGGUGGACCGCGGUGUGCAGCUGUUGGAUCGGAUGGCCGAGGCAGGCGUUGAGCCAGAUGCGUUCACGUUUGAGGCUGUGAAGCGCAGGCGAACGCUGCGGUCGCAUUUCAAAAAGCUUUUCUAUUAA